AGAAAUUAACUAAAUGAUGUAAGAAAAUAUGCCGAAGGAAAAAACACCUGCUUCUAUUGCCCGAGCUUUAACUUUGACGAGCUGCUGCCUUGUCUGUGGAGGAGCUUCUGCUGCGCAUACGCACUAUGGAGCCGUCUGCUGCUACUCUUGCAGAGCUUUCUUCCGGCGUGGGAUAACCCGCACCUACGCCUGUGUUCGUGGAGACUAUGGCUGUCAGGUUAACAGCAUUACAAGAACAAACUGUAAACGAUGCAGAUACGAGAGAUGUUUGGCUGUUGGGAUGAAGCCUUCCCUGGUAGAUGCUAGUGUCAAGAAGAAGGGAGAUGCUGGAGACGAUGAAGUUUUAACACAGUAUCAGGUCCCCCUCGGUAGCAAUGGAAAGAUUGAUAGCUCUCUUCUCCUCCAGGCAUUGGAGGGAAGGAAGAAGGUUGUUCUUGAGCUUAGACCUGGAGAACAGGAAGGAGUUCAAGAUGAGCUAGCUGAAAUGGAAGAGACCGGUAUUCAUAUAUCGUCAGGUGCCCAACCUGUGAGGCAACAGACCUAUUAUAUUUUCCAUCCUGGCAGCCAAACAUUUGAACCUGUCACUAUAGCUGAGUUCAGUGAGGCUCCUAUAGUGGAGGAAGUUGUAGAGUCUGAGGAGUACCAGAGUAGGCAAGAGGAGAUUACAGGAGAACUUAUCCAGGUGGAACCUGACAGUAGCCUUGAUAGAUCUAUAGCAGAACAGUCACAGGAAGAGGACAUCAGUGAAACGGGGUUAGAAGCGAGGCCAAUAUCUGAAGCCGAUGAUAAAACUAAGGCGGAUAACCGUCAACGGAAGGCGGAUGUCAAGAAGGCGAGGACUGAAGAUGGGCAGAUGGUUGAAAGGAUUCCGAAGGCGGAGAAACGAAAGAUUAAAUUAGAUAAAGAUGAUUCCAGAUUAAUAGGAGUAGAGGAGAGUAGUACUGAAGAGCUGAGGCGAAUGGAUGCACAGGAAUCUAUGAUUGUUGGUGACGACGAACGGAUUGUUGGAGAUGAAGAACGUAUUGCUCCUGAAGCAGCAACAGGACAGCAGGAGGAGGUGGCGGAAGUUCCAAGAAUUGCUCCCGGUGUCCAAUUUGAUUCAAGAAAUGAGGAUCACAGGAUUAUUCAUGAAUAUCUUCGGCUGCAGCAGGAACGUAACUCCACCAAUCCUAGGCAUAGUAUAGAGGAGGUGGAAGAUAUUUCAACGAUGCAUCAAUUUGCUCAAGAUUUUGAACAUCAUACAGCCGAAGGGAUUCAUGGUCUUCAACCGGUCGCCGGUCAUCAACCGGUCGUACUCGAGGAGGGUCAACGGUUGAUUAUGGAAAACGGUCAGCGGCUGGUAGUUGAGAACGGUCAGAUUAUUGUUGAAAACGACGAGAUUAACGAACCUUUGCAGGAGGUUCCCGAGAGGAAGAUAGAUAUAGAAAAACUGGUUGAUCUAUGUUUUGAAGAAGAGUUUAGAAGAAAGGAGACUGAGAUUUUUUCAACCCAACGCGGUGAGGAGAUUACUGAAACAAUCGAAAUUGUCGAGCCACAGUUUUACAGCUCCGAGCCCCACCGCCAACUGUAUCAUGCGCGGCAACAAGUCCAAGAACUGCCUCGUCACAUUAAACCUCAGGUGCUAGGAAGCAAGGAUAGACCUAGAUAUAUUCGUCCUUCGUCCAACCACAUCCCCUCAAUUCACAUUCGUUCGAUGGUAGCGGAACCUCGUCCCAGCUCCGUUCAAGACUCAUCUCUCCGUCACCAUUAUAGUCCCAGUCAAAGGUUUAUUUCUGCUGCUCCCUGGUCCGCUAUCUGUAAGAAACCUCGUCUCAGUCCUUCCUCUCCUACCCAACAUUGCCCUACUCCGUCCUCUUCUACACAACCCCGUCCUACUGUACCCUCUCUUCCAGCUCAACAUUGUCCUACUUUAGCCCCUGCUCCUACUCAAUCUAUGCCUACUUUAGCAUCUACUUCUAUUCAACCGUCAGCUAGCAACCAAAGGCCUUCCGUUCUCCUAGAAAAUCAUUCAUCUGGAAGUUCAGGGCUUCGUACUGCGAUUUCAGUGUCGGGAGUUUCAGGGCUCAUGAAUCAACGACGACCUUCACUGGUUCCUAUAUCCAGUCCCAACCAUAUUGUUCCAGAGUCACAAAAUAUAAAAAUAUCUAUCAAUACCGGUUCAGUGCUCCUUAAUACUCGUCCUGAAUCUUCAAAAUCCGCGAAUGAAAUCAGCAUUUCUACCAAAAAUAUUAUUUCCCCUCUGAACGCGGUGAUGGCAGCCGUUCAUGGUGAAGAAAAUGUGAAAACAUCUGCCACUGGCAGAAGUAUUGUAACCAAAGAAUCUGUUGUACCUCUAAACCAAGUUUCUGUCAUCGUGAGCAAGUCUCCUUCCCUACCGCCGUUCCCUGCCGCUAGUCUGAAGAAACGAUCCAGGUCGCAGGAACGAGAAAAAACCUCAACAGAGUUAAGAAAGCGUCAAAGGCUUAGUAAUCCAAUCAUUCAAGUAAACAAAUUUAAGAUUCCCUACUUGGGCUUUACAUUGGAGGAAGAUUUCAUGAUUGCUGAAAUUUAUGAAGGAUGCAAGUUUUUCCUAUCAGCUUGCUACAAACGACUACUGGAGUCUCAGCCUGUCCUGGGGACAAAGUUUUUGCGUGAUAUGGUGGUACCUAGAGGCUGUAAAGUUGUUUAUGAUGAACAUGCUUACCAUCACCUAAGAGAAUCAUUUAAAGCAACUUAUUUUGGGAUGAGUAGUAUUCUGUUCCCAUCAAGCAUAGGAAAACUCUCAAAUGGAUUUCUCGCAAACGUGUUCAAGUACUCUUAUCCUGCCCUUGAAGCCCUGGAGUAUGGAAUUUAUUUCUCGUAUUCCGACUGUGGCAACCUUCUAGAGCAAGAAUCCAAAACAUGUCUUCUCAACUCAGACAUAGAAAAGAUUAUCUGUGAUUCUGUACCUGAGUUUCGUGAUGCUGAAUCUAAAUCAAUGCAAGACUUUGAUAUCUUAACCAGCCCUUGGUGCAGUAAACAAGAAGACGAGGAGUUCUUUAUUAACACUAUUACACAAAUAGGACAGAUUUUGAAGAAUGAUCAGAAACUGCGUUGCCUCGUGUUCUUGCUGAUAGCUGUCAGUCAGACACAGGAAUCUCCGCUGGCGAAGAAUAAGAAUAUUCGAACCCUCAAUACCAGUCUAGCUCAGCUACUCUAUAGAUAUCUGCAGAAAGAAGAAGCGAGGUCACCGAGUACAUCAUCUCAAUCAUUCACGGACAAGUUCACAAUCAUUCUCUCACUGAUCAGUAAACUACAUACGUGUGGAGAUAUUUUUAUGAAUCGGCGAAUCAAAACCCUGCCUGACCUUGCACCUGGGCUGACACAAGAUAGUUUAGCGCUCACUCAAAAUAGUUCAGUGUUGACGGAAGAUGGAUUAGCGCUGACACAAGAUACUUCAGUGCUGACACAAGAUACGUCAGUGCUGACACAACAUACGUCAGUGCUGACACAAGAUACUUAAUUGCUGACGCAACAUACGUCAGUGCUGAAACAAACUACUUAAUUGCUGACGCAAGAUUGAUUAGCGCUGACACAAGAUACUUCAGUGAUGACACAAGAUACGUCAGUGGUGACACAAGAUACGUCAGUGCUGACACAAGAUACGUCAGUGCUGACACAAGAUACUUCAGUGCUGAUACAAGAUACUUCAGUGCUGACACAAGAUACUUCAGCGCUGA